CAGUGGAAGGGCAUCCAGACUUGAGCAGGAAAUGUGCUUAACAGUGGAUGUUCGCGCUUCCACACGCCUGGGAGACUCACCCCAGAAUACAAUAGAUAGAAAACCUGAAGCUCCCAGAAGAAAUAUAUAUUCAAAACUGUGAAUCCAACAGCCACCGUCUCCAGAUGAGGAUGUUUCAAACACACAGUGGAGAAGCAGCAAAAACCUACAACUUUUAAAGCCCGUGCUUCCUGCGGAGGGCAAUCAUCCCGGACAGGGCUAUCAGCUGCCCCAGGCGAGCCUGACACGGGUCCACCUUAAGAUCGCAUCUCCCCAGCUGCGCUGCACAUGCCACUGCUGUUGCUCAGUGAAGGCCUGGGGCUCCACAGAUAACCGGACUUGGCCCCACGUACUCCUGGAACAUGCCUAUUCUUGCCAUUCUGGGAAAGCCAAGGCUGAAUUGCUCAGCCUGACCCUGAACAGACCCUUGGCAUUCCCCUGGAAGCGGACUAGACAGAGGAGGGUUUUCACCUUCUCUAAACUAAAAACCAUUGUGUGCGCGCACAUCUGGCCCUUUCGCGGAGACUUCAGCCUUUCAAAGGAGCGAGACGUCUACCUUGGAGGAAGCUGUCGUGGGUUGUUGAUAUUCAACAGAAGUCAUAGUUUCGGCAAGAGCAGAAGCUCAGACACAGACGGAAGGGGAAAAGCCGGAGGAGGAUUCUAGAGUGUAUUCAGGGACGAGGCUGCUGACACAAACCACCACAGCUGCCCACUAACCAGUAGAUCUAAGAGAACACGGCUACCAAGUACUUCAGACAGAAGAAUGGCGCUGUGGUUUCCAGGAGGGCAGCUCACUCUGCUGCUGCUGCCGCUGCUGCUGCUGUUGCUCUGGGUCCAGCAGACACCGGCGGGGAGCGCUGAGGUCGACGUGGACUUGACACCGGGUUCCUUCGAUGAUCAGUACCGAGGCUGUAGCAAACAGGUGCUGGAGGAGCUAAAUCAAGGAGACUAUUUCGUGAGGGAGAUAGACACUCAUAAGUAUUACUCCAGGGCGUGGCAAAAAGCCCACCUAACCUGGCUGAACCAGGCAACGUCCCUCCCUGAGAGCAUGACUCCUGUGCACGCUGUGGCCAUCUUGGUUUUCACCUUGAAUCUCAACGUGAGCUCUGACUUCGCCAAGGCCAUGACCAGGGCUUCGGGGUCUCCUGGGCAGUACAGACAGUCAUUCCACUUCAAGUAUCUGCACUACUACCUCACCUCAGCCAUCCAGCUGCUGAGGAAAGAGAGCUCUACCAAGAACGGCAGUCCGUGUUACAGGGUACACCACAGGAUGAAGGACGUGAACAUCGAAGCCAAUGUGGGUUCUACCGUUCGAUUUGGCCAGUUCCUCUCUGCCUCCCUGCUGAAGGAGGAGACACAGGUGUCUGGAAACCAAACACUGUUUACCAUUUUCACUUGUCUGGGCGCCUCCGUGCAAGACUUCUCUCUCAGGAAGGAAGUCUUGAUCCCUCCCUAUGAGUUAUUUGAAGUCGUGAGUAAGAACUGCAGCCUCAAAGGAGAUUUGAUAAACUUGCGGUCUGCUGGGAACGUGAGCAGGUACAACUGCCAGCUGCUGAAAGCUUCCAGCAAGAAGUGCACCCCUGCUCCAAUGGUUGUUCUUUGCCUCUGUUUGGUCAGUGUCCUUAUCUCGUCCAAAAGCAGAGAGCAUAGGAAUCUACCGGCUCCCUUUUAAAGGAACUAUUUAAACUUUUCGCUCCUAUUUUGCUACCAGAGUCUGAGGCUCACACUUCCCACCAUACCACAGAAGACUAGUGAGAGAGAAAAGUCUGAAAUCCCUACCUAAAGGUGUCUAUGUCGGCUACUUUACCCAAUAGCUGUCACCAAGACCAGGAGGAGAGCUUCACUUGACUUCUAAACGUACAGAACACCAGAGCCAGAAAGGUUUGGUAUCAGAAGCACCAAGAACUACAGAAGCAGAUAUGGGGCAGGAUAUCAAACCUCAAGACAUGCUGCCCCUUGUGACUCACUUCCUCCAGCCAGACUCCACCUCCUGAAAGAUUCCACAGCCAGGAAAAAUAAUGCCACCAACCGGAGACAAAGUACUCAACACAUGAGACAUUCAAAACACAGUAAGCUCUUAGUGCUCAGUGAGAGGAGCCCUUAGUGCUUACGGGAGAGGAGAUGGGAGUGCAGACAGACAAGGGCAGAAAUCCCUGCUCUGAGAAGGCAUCGCCCUACACAGACCUGUCUUUGCUCUGCCCUCCACAGGAACCUCACAAAGGACCACUCUCCUGCAGCCACUCAGCCAGACCUGGAAAAGGCUGUUACCACACGAUGACUGAAAGCUGAGCAUGGCGGCAUCCUUGGCUGUCCAUUUGUCCUUCCCUCCGUGCCUCUGUCUUACCCAUUCAAGGUCCCCAAGGGCCACACUUGCUUGCCCAUUAUUUGGCCAGAGAUCCAUGACGAAAUGACAAUCCGAGGAGGACUCUCAAUGACUUCUGGCCUCCAUACAUAUGUGCAUGCAUGUACAUGUGAGCUUUUACACGCGCCCACAUAAAAACAUUAAUACACACAUUUUUAAUGCCAAGGGCUCAAAACAGAUCCAGAGCAACCAUGUUAGCUUUCAUGGCUUUGAUGAAAACAAUGAUGACAGGGAUGAAGGGGAUGGAGUCCUGCUGCUGCGACCGCUGCUGCUGCUGCUGGUGCCAGGGCUGCUGAACAAAGAGUCAGGGUAUGUUUCUGAAAUUCAUUUUAGGAGUGCAGCAGUCAGAAUCUCUCCUUUGAGUGAUUACAAAAGCAGCGCACAUGGGCACUCAGAGUUGCUGGCAGCUAUCUCACCACCAAGAAAGAAGAAUUUGCCUCCCUGAGAAACCAACUCAAUGGAGGCAGCGCUACGAAACAGAGAGAAGACAGGCCAGAGUGCGCGAUGAGCCUCUAGUGCGAACCGUGCCGGAACCGUACAGUCAGCGUCUUGGUUGCAUGAGUUAAUAAAUGAUGUCCGUGCUGGUGCGAUGUAGGCUAUGUUUUCUAUCUAAGCAAUUGGAGAGGUUCGGGUGAGCAGACUCCCACUGUUUGCUUUUGAAAUCGGUGACCCCAAGUAGUAACAAAUCAAUGAAGAGCCAGCAGAGAGGCAAACGACCUUUCUCCAGAGAUUUUUAUUAGCUUUCAAGAUCGGAUCAGUGUGCUCACAAAACAGAAGACACGCAUGGGAACCAGAGAGAGAGAGAGAGAGGAUGUGUUAGUGUGGGAAUGCUUAAGCAGUAGAGAGAGACAGAAAAAGAAACUGGAGCCUUAUCUCAACAGACCUGAUUGUUUAUUCCAGAACAGGGUGGGACAGACACUCCUGAGGGAAAGGGGUACCUGGGGCCAGGAAAGGCUCUUCACAGGGGGGAGUGAGGGUAUUGCUUGCACCCAUAAGGGGAUAGAGCAGUUCCAACGUCUCUUUCUGUGGGCUUGGGAUGCAGCCGUGUGGCAUGAUUGAGGUCCAGAUGCAGGACAGAUGACUACCUGUUAUGUAGCCUCAGGAGCUGGCACCUCUGACUCUCCAUUCUUUCUUUCCUCCCUCUCUGUGACAGGCUGACCCAGUGAGGUCAUUUGUAGGCACCCUGUCUUAUGACCAAGGCAUUCUACUGGUUAAUAAAAACUUCAUCCAUACCUGAAACAAGUUCCUACAUGCAUGUCCCCAAAACAUUAUUAAAAAAUGGGAUUUAGGCAUGCUACUGUUGCUGUAAAAUUAUAAAAAUUGCUGUCUUUUAUCCUGCUCUAGGUCUGACACCAUAAUGACCCAAGAGAUCUGUUUGAUCUCUUCAUCUCAGUCAGCAAAGCCUCUCACCCGCUUUGCUCCAUCCCAUAUCACACUGCCGAUGGCUUCUCUCUGAGCCCGGUGACAAUCUCUCUACCUAGCUAGUUCCCAAGGCAGGUUGCCACCAUGCCAGACAUACACAACCUAAUUUCGUGGUGGCCCAGUGUCUCCAGUCAUCACAUACUCUCUGAAAUUCAAUUAGAUCACCACAUGAAAGAACACACAGCACAACAACCUCUGAUCCAAUUGAUAAGAUAUAAUUGCCCACCUAGACACACAAAGCCCUGUACACAUCCAUCCCUUAAGAAUAUUCAUAACAACCUUAAAUGUACAGAGUGGAAUUUUAACAUCUGCCUCCAUGUUCUCUCGGCUGCUCCUCCUUCUCUCCUUGCUCCAGUCUCCUCCUCCUCCUCUCUAAAACUUUUCGCCUGCCCACCCUUCUUUCUUGUCCAAUGACAGGCCUCAUUCUAUUUUGUACCUGCCUUCACCAGCAUAAUGACAUCAUCCUACAUGCUGCUGUAUUGACUAAAUGGAAAGCUUUAUUUCAAGCCUGUAUAGAAAAGUAUCUGUUGUCGGGGAGGCUAUGUGUGGAAGCCAAGAGCCAAGGCGAGAAUACGGAAAAGCUGAUCAUCAAUGACUACCAAAAUAUCUCAGCUUCAUUGUGCACUAGGAGAUACGGAAUAUAAACUACCAAAAUUCAGAACUGGAAACAUUUCCCACACUUUCCCUCCGGAAGUACACAGUGUACAAGCAGACCUGAUCUCCAAAGGCCUGCUACUGAGGCUAAUGGAGGGAGGAGUCUGGGGGGGGCAGCUUUGUGCUUUUGAGCUCUCACUACCUACACGUGCCACUCUUGCCCCUUGAAGGAGAAGGAGAUAAAAAGUAGCAGAAAUGGAAACCAACUCUUGUGCCCCAGAGAGAGGUAUGGGAGGGGCUGUGCUACAAUCCAAGAAACAGAAUGAACAGCUAGAGAUGUAAACCACCUAUUGGAUGUUCAGCCUUCAACAUGCCGUCUAUCCACAGUGGGGAAUCCCAGACUGCCAGGGCUGUCUUAGGUGGGGUUUCUAUUGCUGCAACAAAACACUGUGAGCAAAGCAACUUGGGGAGGAAAGGGUUUAUUUGGCUUCCACAGCACUCUAUCACCUAAGGAAGUCAGGACAGGAACUCAAGCAGGGCAGGAACCUGGAGGCAGGAGCUGAUGCGGAGGCCACGGAGGAGUGCUGCUUACUGGCCUGUAGAGUUUACUUGGUUUGCUCUCUUAUAGAGUCUAGGACCAUGAGAAUAGGAAUGGCGUAGCUCGGUCUGGGUCCUCCCUCAUCAAUCACUUAAAGAAAACGCUCUGCAGGCAUUGCCUACGGUACAAUCUUACAGAGGCAUGGUUGGCUGAGGUUUCCUCCUCAGAUGAAUAUAAAACUCUCCGGCACAAUGAACAAGAAUUUCCACAAAUAAUUCCCGUCAAUCUUUGCACAGGGUCUUUGGUAGCUACCUAGGGGACAGCUUUGCAGUGAGCCCUGGAGAGGUAACAGUGAAAUGACAUUGCAGGAAAAGAAGGCACCCAACACCUGUCAUAUAUUUCUUUUAUUGUGCCAUAUACAUACAUUUAUUGAUCUGUGGGAUAUGCAAAGCAUCAGGGGUUAGAUGGUAAGAAUAGGGUGGGCGAGAUGGUUCUGAGGGCAAAGGUGCUCGCUGCACAACUUAAUGACCCGGAUUUGGUCUGAGGAGCGCGUGGGAAGAGUCACGCACAUCUGCAGUCCUAGUGCUUCCACAGUGAGAUGGGAAACAGAGACUGAAGACCUGCCAUGAAGCCCAUGGGAGGCCAGCUGAACAGAAACACCAAGAAGGACCUUGCUGUAAACACAAGGUGGGAGGGGAAACCAGCUUCCAAAGGUUACCUUCUAACCACCAAACGUAUACCAAGGGCAUGCUCACAAUCACACAUACACAGCAGUAGUUCUUUUCUUUUUUUAACUUUCAAAAGUUGAAUAUACUUGAAUAGGUCUCUCAUAAAUUUGUAAGCUCUGAGAAGAAAUUUAAAAACAAGCCACAAGAGGAAUAUCAAAAGAAAGGAACACUGUGAUGGUUUGUAUACGGUCGGCCUAGGGAGUGGCCUUGUUGUAGUCGCUGUGUCACUGAGGGUGUGGGUUUAAGACCCUCACCCUAGCUUCCUGGAAGUGAAUCUUCCACUAGCAUCCUUCAUAUGGAGAUGUAGAACUCUCAGCUCCUCCUGCACCAUGCCUGCCUGGAUGCUGCCACGCUCCUGACUUGAUGAUAAUGGACUGAACCUCUGAACCUGUAAGCCAGCCCUCAUUAAAUAUUGCCUUUUAUAAGA